CGUCUAUAUACAACGCUCGGCUAUCUCUCAACUCUCUAUUUAGUGAUUAUCAGCAGCUCAUCAGCUCUUUACGAUUAUCAGCAGCUGACGAACUUCUGGUCGAACAAGCACUAGGACAUUCUCGAGCUCACGUUCUUUUAGGACAUUCAAUAGCAAAGCUCAAUGGCAGCUAUGAUAGCCUGUUCCACCGUUGCCGCAGCCGGACUCAGGAGUGCACCUCUCUCGCCCAGUUUGAAGAGGUCUACUGCUUCGACUCCCGUCUUCAAGAUUGUGAGGGCACCGAUGUUGGCGAGGAGACUGGGAUCAAUCAGAUGCGAAGGUGUCAGGGAGGCCGUCGAUAAGGCCACGAAGAAGGAGAUCACCAAGGACGAGAUUCUGCAGAACCAGGAGGAGAACGAGUCCGAGAAGCAAUCCGUGUUCGGUGCCAAGCCCACAUCCGGCUCCUUUUACCCUCGCCCCGAGGUCGAAAGGCGACCGGAGACCGGCGACAAAAGCAUCGGCAGCAUCUUCGCAUUCGAUGGCGCCGCGCCUGAAACCAUUAACGGCCGACUGGCGAUGCUCGGGAUCGUAUGGGCAGCCGUCGCCGAGAAGAUGAGCGGUCUGACAGUGUACGAUCAGCUGUACACCCAAGGGGCCGGUCUGGUGUUCUAUGUGACGUUGGUGCCACUGAUCGCCUACGCGUCCAUCGUGCCCAUGCUGAACGGCGAGUCGACAGAUGCUCGGAGCUUCGGGCCGUUCACGGCCAGAGCCGAGCGCUGGAACGGGCGCCUGGCCAUGCUCGGCUUCUUGUCUCUGCUGCUCACGGAAAGCUUCAUCCACGCACCAGUUUUCGGAACCUUCUUCUAGAUACCCACAAAAUUUGAGGCAGCAAUCUUGUGUAUUACCGUAGAGCAGAUGGUUGUAUAGUAAUAGAUUGUACAUUACCAAUCUUCAGAUUAGUUGUAGUAAAUUCGAGCUCCUUAAGCCGAUUGAUUGAUCUAUAAUAUUGAGCCGUGCAUUAUACAGCACACCUGAAUAAUAACGAAGCUUGCAAAAUGCACGCUUUUUCAUUCGUACUGUUAAAUUCUAGAGAUGUAGAAGG